AUGCUGUCUUCAGACAAUUUACUUCAUAUGAAUGGCUCGCAAACCACCGAUGAUUUCAGCGAUGAUAUCGAUCACCACUUUUCACCCAUUCCUGACCCCAGAGUUCAGGUGAGAUAUCACUGCCAUUAUUGGCAUCAAUCAUGUCAUACCUUCUCACUCCUCCCAAUCGUCACAUUAUAUAUGGAAAGACCCGCAACUCAUCACAAAUUACAUUCCUCUUCACCACCGAUGCUGUCUUCAGACAAUUUACUCCAUAUGAAUGGCUCGCAAACCACCGAUGAUUUCAGCGAUGAUAUCGAUCACCACUUUUCACCCAUUCCUGACCCCAGAGUUCAGAUAGAGCUCGAAAACCUCAACACAUCCACUGAUUUGAUCAACAAAUUAGAGGUCGAACUCAAUGAGUCGAGAACUCAUUUCCAUCUAUUGCUUAGCGAUUCCUCGCAAAAGAUCUCAGAAUUGGCCAAAAAGUUGGGCUCUUGUGUCGAGAGAGUAAAGCCAUACUAUGAGGCGAGGGUUAGGGCUAAAGAGUUGAGAGUAGAGACACAGAGGGCUGCCCUCCGGUUCGAGAGGGCCACCAGUUCUCAUAUCGUGGCCAAAGAGAUGGUCCGAUUGGCCGAAGAGGGCCUUCAAAAGGAGGGAACCGUUUUGGACGACUCGUGGCAGGAAGUGCUCAAUCACUCGACCAGUCGUGUCAACGAUUGCGAACGCGAGAGGAUUAGCGAACAGUUACUCCACCAGAAGGUGUCGCAGGACUACAACAAUUCGGAACAAUUGGUCCUACAAUUGCAUAAACAAUUGAAGCGUUCAAUCAAUAAAGCCAGGUAUGCAUGCAUUCCCAAC